UACGGUUUAGUUCAUUACCCCAAGUGAUUUUUUAAUCUGAAAAGUGAGCGCAGUGAGCUAGCGAGAAUGCAAUGCUGUGUGAAAUCUUGGGGAUUCCUGGCAGCUGGUCGCAGUCUAACCCACACCUGCCAGAAACUUGGAGGAGGGAGGCUCGCACCAGGCAGACUGCUGGUUUUAAACACAAACUGUGGAGGAAAACAAGAUGCCUCAAGCGGGAGCGUACGAGCUCUGGCCACCACCUCUGCAAACCGGGCAAGGCUGAUGGACAACAUCCUCCCAAGGCACGAUGACUUCUCAGAGAGACACAUCGGACCCGGAGACAAAGAAAAGAGAGAAAUGCUGGACACGUUAGGAGUGGCGAGUAUUGACGAACUGAUUGACAAUACUAUUCCCAAGAGCAUCCGCCUCGUUAGACCCUUGAGAAUGGACGACCCCGUAUGUGAAAAUGAAAUCCUUACCAGUCUGCACAAGAUUGCAAGCAAGAAUAAAAUCUGGAGAUCUUACAUUGGAAUGGGCUAUUACAACUGCUCAGUACCACAAGCAAUUCUCCGCAACUUGCUAGAGAAUGCAGGAUGGGUAACCCAGUACACACCCUAUCAACCAGAAGUUUCCCAAGGCAGAUUGGAAAGCCUGCUCAAUUAUCAGACUAUGGUGUGCGAUCUCACUUGCAUGGAUGUGGCCAAUGCCUCCUUGUUGGAUGAAGGAACUGCUGCUGCUGAGGCGAUGCAGUUAUGCCACAGGCACAACAAGCGAAGAAAAUUCUACGUGGAUGCUCGUUGUCACCCUCAAACAAUAGCUGUUGUGCAAACAAGAGCAAAUUACAUAGGAGUAAUGACGGAAUUGAAAUUGCCCCGUGAAAUGGACUUCAGCAGGAAGGAUAUCAGUGGAGUACUGUUUCAGUACCCAGACACGGAGGGAGGAGUAGAAGACUUCUCUGAACUUGUUGACCUUGCACACCAAAAUGGGGCCUUGGCGUGUUGUGCUACUGACCUCUUGGCACUGUGUGUACUGAGACCACCUGGAGAAUUUGCGGUAGACAUUGUCCUCGGCAGCUCCCAGAGAUUUGGUGUGCCGCUUUCCUACGGUGGUCCUCACGCAGCUUUCUUCGCUGUGAAAGAAAACCUUGUGAGGCUGAUGCCCGGGAGAAUGGUUGGUGUUACCAGGGAUGCUGCAGGAAAGGAGGUAUACCGGCUGGCACUGCAGACAAGGGAGCAGCACAUCAGGAGAGAUAAAGCCACUAGCAACAUUUGCACAGCUCAGGCACUUUUGGCGAACAUGGCAGCAAUGUUUGCCGUUUAUCAUGGCCCUAAUGGACUGAAGCACAUCGCAAAAAGAGUACAUAAUGCUACCUUAAUUUUAGCUGAAGGUUUGAAACGUGCUGGGCACAAAAUACAGCACGAGGUGUUUUUUGACACACUGAAGAUCCACUGUGGAGUGGCUGCUCAGGAGAUACUUAGCAGGGCCACCCAACGACAGAUAAAUCUCCGAGGAUAUGGUGACAGUGUGUUGGGAGUAUCCCUGGAUGAAACGGUGACUGAGAGAGACUUGGAUGAUCUUCUUUGGGUCUUUGGGUGUGAAUCUUCAGCUGAGUUGAUCGCAGAGUCAAUGGGCGAUGAGACAAAAGGUAUCUCAGCCACACAGUUUAAAAGAACGAGCAAGUUCCUUAUGCAUCCAGUCUUCAACAGUUACCACUCAGAAACAAACAUUGUCCGCUACAUGAAAAAGUUGGAAAAUAAAGAUAUUUCACUAGUUCACAGCAUGAUUCCUCUGGGGUCUUGCACUAUGAAGCUGAACAGUUCCUCAGAGCUUACUCCUAUCACGUGGCCAGAAUUUGGAAAUAUCCAUCCUUUUGUCCCUCUGGAUCAAGCUCAAGGCUACCAGCAGUUAUUCCAUGAACUGGAACGGGACCUGUGUGAAAUAACAGGAUAUGACAAAAUAUCUUUCCAACCAAAUAGUGGUGCCCAGGGUGAAUACGCAGGUCUGGCAGCAAUCAAGGCUUACCUAAACUCAAAGGGAGAGUAUCAGAGAACUGUCUGCCUUAUCCCCAAAUCAGCACAUGGCACCAAUCCUGCCAGUGCACAGAUGGCAGGGAUGAAAAUCCAGCCAGUCGAGGUGGACAAGAAUGGAAACAUCGAUGUUGCACAUUUAAAGGCUUUGGUUGACAAGUACAAAGAUAAUCUGGCUGCCAUAAUGAUCACCUACCCAUCCACAUACGGAGUGUUUGAGGAGAACAUCGGUGAUGUGUGUGGCCUGAUCCAUGAUCAUGGGGGACAGGUUUACCUAGAUGGGGCUAAUAUGAAUGCGCAGGUGGGCCUCUGUCGUCCUGGUGACUAUGGAUCUGACGUGUCUCACUUAAACCUGCAUAAAACUUUCUGUAUUCCUCAUGGAGGCGGUGGACCUGGCAUGGGACCAAUUGGAGUAAAGAAACAUCUUGCUCCCUACUUGCCCAGUCAUCCCGUGAUCCCACCAGUGUCAGACAGAGAUGCUCGUCCUCUGGGUACAAUCAGUGCAGCUCCUUGGGGCUCCAGUGCUAUUCUGCCCAUUUCUCUGGCAUACAUUAAGUUGAUGGGAUCAAAGGGACUUCGCCAUGCUACUGAGGUUGCCAUUCUAAAUGCAAAUUACAUGGCCAAGAGACUGGAAAAUUUCUACAAAAUAGUUUUUCGCGGGGCAAAGGGUUAUGUAGCUCAUGAAUUCAUCUUGGAUGUGCGACCGUUCAAAAAAACAGCAAACAUUGAGGCUGUGGAUAUUGCCAAGAGGUUGCAAGAUUAUGGGUUCCACGCUCCGACUAUGUCCUGGCCGGUUUCUGGCACACUCAUGAUUGAGCCAACGGAGUCCGAAGAUAAAGCUGAACUGGACAGAUUCUGUGACGCAAUGAUCAAUAUCCGACAUGAAAUAGCAGACAUCGAGGAGGGAAGAAUGGAUGUGCGAGUAAAUCCGCUCAAGAUGUCGCCUCACACUUUGGCUUGUAUUGCUGCUUCAAACUGGGACCGACCAUACUCUCGAGAGCAGGCUGCGUUCCCAUUGCAAUUUGUAAAACCCGAAACCAAAUUUUGGCCUACAAUCGCUCGCAUUGACGACCUUUAUGGAGAUCAGCAUUUAGUCUGCUCUUGCCCACCCAUGGAAGCUUACGAGUCACCAUUCAUUGAAGAGAAAAGAGCGUCAUCCUAAGAUAUAAUUGUGAAUUUAUUUUUACAGUCAGUAAUUACCGUGAACAAACCCAUCCAUGUUUUUUUUUUGGUUUUAAAAAUCAAUAUCUGAUGAGUUGGAUAUCUCAUUUUGUAAUGAAGCAGCUGCUAAUGGUUUUUGAAAGAAUAGACUAUGUCUAAGCCACACUUCAGUUGAUGAUAAUCAGUGCCUCAGAUUUAAGCAGCAUUGAAUUACACAAGUGGCCUUGAUCCUGUGCACUUUUUCCUCUGAGCUGUGAUUGAACAUACCAAGUUCAUUUAUAGGACUGUUAGACUUGUAACAGAUUGUCGCAGUACAGCAAUCUGCAAUCUGGUGAGAAAGUGGUUCUGGGCAGGGGUAUUUUCAGUGUUUCCUUUUGAUGGUCUUGUGUGUAAUUGUCAAUCCCUUUGUAGAUGUAACCAGCAUCUUCUGGUUAAUUGAGAUUUUUAAAAUAUGUAAAUUUUAACUGUUAUCAUUCCAAUAAAAAUUCUUGAAUUGA